AUCGCAUACGAUUAGAGCUUACAAUUUGCUCCUAUUAUUCAACUGUUUAGCCAUUGUAUGGACAGGAUAUACAUUAUUGGAGACUCCGUGCAAACACUGCGGCCCCGAAACGUUUGCCUGUGGUUUCGGUAUCAGUAAUGACAGCAAAAAAGCACAUCAUUUGGACAGUGAGUUCAUAUCGUCAUCGGUGGCCACUAAUUGCACGUGUAUUCCGUUGAGAUGGAGAUGCGAUGGAGACGUCGAUUGUCACGACUCGUCCGAUGAGAUGGGAUGUGCACUUCCAGUUUGUUCGAGUGAACACUUCACCUGUUCCUCCGGUCAGUGUAUACUCAAGACGUGGUACUGUGACGGAGACACUGAUUGCAUCGAUAAGUCGGAUGAAAGUGAUUGUACUCCAAGAGAUUGUGCCGCCGAUAGAGAGUUCAAGUGCACCAAUGAAAGGUGUGUCCGAAACGACUGGGUAUGCGAUGGAACUGAUGAUUGUGGCGAUGGAUCUGAUGAAGAGUGUAUGGGUCGGCCGUGCGCUGCAUCGGAGUUCAGAUGUCAUUCAGGCGGUUGUGUGUCGAUGUCUUUUCAUUGCGACGGUGAAACCGACUGUACGGACGCGUCCGACGAAUUAGAGUGUGAAUUGGUGCCAAUCGAUCACAUCUCUUGUCCGUCAACUCAAUACCGGUGCCGUAAUGGUCGCUGCAUUAGUGAAUCCUAUCAUUGCGAUGGAGAUAACGAUUGCGGCGACUGGUCUGAUGAGUCCAAGUGUGAGGGAAGAGUUGAAUGUCGUUCCUCAGAGUAUCGGUGCACUGAUGGCCAAUGCAUUAAUAUCGACUGGAAGUGCGACGGAGACGCCGACUGUGAAGACAAGUCGGACGAACUUAAUUGCCCGUCCAAAUUAUGCACAUCUGAAGAGUUCCGGUGCCGAAGUGGUCGCUGUAUAUCAAUCCAAUGGCGAUGCGAUGGAGACGUCGACUGUAGUGAUAAUUCCGAUGAAGAUGGUUGUGGUGUACGGAGUGAAUGCUCUACCGGUAACUUUAAGUGCACUGAUGGCACCUGUAUUAGCCAAAUGAAUGUUUGCAACGGUGCGCCCAAUUGUCCCGAUGGUUCUGAUGAGGAUCUAAACGGGACGUGUUCAUCGGGUACGCCGUGUCGAGAGGAUGGCUUUCCGUGUCAGCACCUAUGCAUUGCCACAAUCAAUGGCCAUCACUGUGCCUGCAAAGAAGGCUAUCAAAUGGGUGAAGACGGCCGGUCGUGUAUGGAUGUGGACGAGUGCUCUCAAAGUGAACUGAUUUGUUCGCAACGAUGCGAAAACUCUGUGCCCGGUUUCCAGUGUUAUUGCGCCAAAGGUUACAAAAUGCGUGCCGAUAGACACCGAUGCAAAGCACUGGGACCCGAACCCAUCAUCAUAUUUGCCAAUAGAUUAGAUAUACGCAAAGUAUCAUUAGAUAAAUCAGAAUAUAUAUCACUAAUAGGUUCUCUACAAAAUGCCGUCGCUAUUGACUAUCACUAUGAAUUGGAUCUUAUAUUUUGGUCCGACAUUACAUCUGAUACCAUAUCAAAGGUUUCAUUCAACGGCUCAAAUCCGGUGCCAAUCAUUUCCAGUGGCCUCAUAAGCGCCGGCGGAAUUGCGGUCGAUUGGGUCCAACAAAGAAUCUAUUGGACUGAUUCGGGAACUUCGAGAAUAGAGUUCGCAAACUUUGACGGAAUGAUGAGGAAAGUACUCUUUUGGAAGGGUAUAGAAAAGCCCAGAGCUAUAGUGACCAAUCCGGGAGAUUCAACUAUUAUUUGGACCGAUUGGGGACAACAGCCUAGAAUUGAAAGGGCAUUCAUGGACGGAACGGGUCGUAUAGCUAUUGUUGAGACGUCGCUGUUCUGGCCCAAUGGCCUCACUAUAGACCAUCCAUCCAAUCGACUCUAUUGGGUUGACGCCAAACAUCAUGUCAUUGAGUGCUCUAAUUUAGACGGAACUGAUAGGAGACGAGUAGUUGACGGCGAAUUACAGCAUCCGUUUGCCAUAACUAUGUUUGAGGACAACCUAUACUGGACUGACGUACAGACAAAAUCAAUACUAAUGGCCAGUAAGCUCAACGGCAAGAACGUGACGAUAGUACACAAUAAACUCCAUUUCCCAAUGGAUGUCACAAUUUUACAUCCAUUACGACAGCCAGAUGUCCUUAAUCAGUGCGCUGGUAAUGAAUGCAGUCAUAUAUGUUUGCCAAAUAAUAUCAGUUACCGGUGCGCCUGUCCUAACGGCUAUCAUUUGCGGGAUUUUCUAAACGGCAAGACUUGCAGCGAAAUUGCCGACACGUUUCUGGUGUUUACCCGUCGUUCAGAUAUCCGUAUGAUUUGUGUUGAAUGUCCAGCGGAUGAAACCAUUGAUGUAGUCCUACCACUCAAAGACAUCAAUAGUGUUGUGGCUAUAGAUUGUGAUCCAGAAUCUGCAUCAAUCUUCUGGUCUGACGUCACAAAUAAGACCAUAAAUCGUGGCCUUUGGAAUGGUAUGGGUCAACAAACCAUAAUAUCGGCAUCUAUUGAGUCACCAUCAGGUUUGGCUGUGGACUGGGCGGCUAGAAAUAUCUAUUGGGUCGAUACCAGCCGUAAUACAAUAGAAGUGGCCAAAAUGGAUGGUUCAAUGCGUUCACUGCUUAUUUGGGAUUUACUGGAUCAACCAAGAGAUAUAGUGGUGGAUCCUAACAGUGCACUCAUGUUUUGGAGUCAAUGGGAUAAAGUUAACGCCAGAAUCGAGAGAUCCGGUAUGGAUGGCACUCAAAGACGGGUCAUUCACUUUGCAAACUUGACUUAUCCUCACGGGUUGACCAUUGAUUCCAAAGAAAAGAAGAUCUAUUGGAGUGAUGCCGGACUCAGACGUAUCGAGUUUUCUGAAUUCGAUGGUUCACACCGUCAGAUAUUAAUCUCAAGAAACAUCAAACAUCCGUACGGUAUGGUUGUGCACAAGAAUUAUAUUUAUUGGACAGACCUGGAGCUCAAGUCCAUAGAAAGUUCGCACAAAUUAAGUGGCGAACACCGGAAGACAAUUAUCUCAGGAUUGGACCAAUUAAUGGGAAUCCAGAUAUUCGACAAUGAAUUCACUGCCGCAAAGAGUGAUGUCCGCAAUGUUUGCUCAAACGCGGGUUGCAGUCAUUUGUGCCUUUUAUCUCCGUCCUCAUCGGGCUAUCGGUGCUCGUGUCCAACGGGUGUCAUACUUGGCAACGAUAGCAAAACAUGUGCCUCUGAUAUGCAAAAAUAUUUAGUGGUCGCCGUUAGGAACACUAUUCGACGAAUUUCACUACAAGUGCCAUAUUUUGCAGAUGUUGUCAUUCAACUGAACCAACAGCCCUCUAAUGCUAUCAUUGUUGACAUUCACAUCGAGAAUAAUACUAUCUUCUGGUCCGAUAUCAAAGAGCAAAAGAUAUACAGAGCAAAUAUUGUUACCGGAAAUGUUGAAGUUGUCAUCGAUAUUGGUCUGCAUGAUGUCAAUGGACUAGCAGUAGACAACGUCGGUAAAAUGCUUUACUGGACCGAUGCCGGUCGCAAAAAGAUCGAAGUAUCCAAUUUAGACGGUUCUGAUCGUCGGGUUCUCAUAUGGCAUGAACUAGACUCUCCCCGUGCAAUAGCAGUCAAUCAUUUUACAGGUCAUAUGAUUUGGGCUGAUUGGGGAUCACAGGUUAGAAUCGAAAGAGCAGACAUGGAUGGCGGUCGACGAGCUGUUAUUGUUAGUGAAAGACUCGGUUGGCCUAACGGUAUAACCAUUACACGUAAGGGUCGGUUCAUUUGGGCCGACUCUAAGACGCACACCAUAGAGAUGGCAGAUAUUAAUGGUGUCAAUAGGCAAACAUUAGUUACCGAUGUGCCGGCACCUUAUGGAGUGGCGGUUAUCGAAGAUAACAUUUAUUGGACAGAUUGGGAGACUCGAGCCAUACAUCGGAUUAAUAUUGAUGGCAAUGAAGGAAAAGCUGAGAUCAUAAUUAAAGGUUUGAAUAAUUUGGUGGAUCUGAGAGCUGUCAACACGUUAGCCAACGACACGCAUAUCAUACACAAUAUGUGCCAAAUCAAUAACGGCGGCUGUUCUCACCUCUGCCUUAGAAACAGUGCCAAAGGCUACUCAUGUCUGUGUCCCACAGGAAUGGUACUCUAUAACGACGAAAGAACUUGUAAUCCCAAUCUAACGCGUCAACUAUUGGUGACCACAAAGACAAGUCUUCGUCGCAUAUCAUUGGACACAGAAGACUAUAGUGAUGUUUACAUAACAGCGCUCAAUAUACACGAUUCUGUGGCAAUAGAUUAUGACUUUUUAAAUAAGAAGAUCUAUCACUCGGAUCUCGCCUUAUCUCAAAUCCGAUCCUUUGAUUUUGACGGAACUAAUGCUCAAAUACUUGUCGCCAAAGAUGUGUCGGAACCAUAUAGUCUUGCAUUCGAUUGGAUCGCAAAGAAUCUCUACUGGAGUGACACCAGACGUAACAUAAUUGAAGUGUCCAGAAGUGAUGGAUCCUAUCGUAAAGUCAUCAUUGACUUAGAUUUAGAUAAUCCCAUUGCACUGGCAUUGUAUCCAUCGUUGGGUUUUCUGUUUUGGGCCGAUUCCGGAUCGGUGUCUAAAAUUGAAAGAGCUUAUUUAGAUGGAAGUAGUCGUAAAGUAAUCCUAACAGACUUGGGAAGGAUUGCUGGAAUAACCAUAGAUCUGGAGAAUCGGCGUAUCUUUUGGACUGACUCUCAGUUGGAUCGCAUAGAGAGUGCAGAUCUGGAAGGAAAGUAUCGCAAUGUUGUCAUCAAAGAUAUUGCCAAUCCUUGUGGACUGACUGUAUUGGAUCAAUAUAUUUAUUGGUCCGACUCGAACACAAAAGCCAUUGAACGGGCAAAUAAAGUGACCGGUGCUGACCACGAGACUAUCUGUGAUAAUAUUGAUAAAUUAGUCGAAAUCAAAUCUAUGGCUCUCAGUCGGCAAACUGGUGCCAAUCCUUGCAGCGUUCAUAACGGCGCUUGUAGUCAUCUAUGCCUUUUCAGACCUCAAGGUUACAUAUGUGCCUGUCCAUCAUAUGGUGAUUCCCGACCCUGUUCUACGGUUCCGGGUGAACUGGUCAACGAACCGACAACACAGUCAACUAUUAGUUCAGAUGAGACCAAUUCCAGUGAUGAUAAUGUAAAUUCAGGCGAUUCAGGCCUUUUAACUGAAAAUCCUGUCAAACAUAUCAAUCUGACAACAAUUUGUAAAGAAAUGACAAAUUUAACCAAUUGUCACGUUUUAAAUUCACAUUUUGAUGGACAUUUAUUACGCGCCGUUUAUAUCUCAGCAUUGGUUGCCUUUAUUUUAAUCAUAAUUAUAAUGAUUGUCGUCACCAUUACAUUAUGCAAACGAAGAAAAUCACUGUCACAACAAAGUAGUAUCGAUAGGGAGAGCAAUGAGACGCCGUAUCCCGAGGACUGUUACAUACCUAAGACACACCAAAACGAUAUGAAUUUAGUCAAACAAAGUACAGGUAAUAUGGAGUCGAGACAUAAUAAUUUAGAUAUCAAAGAUUACGAACAAAUCGAUGGUUUCAUACCUCCUCCGCCACCGCCGCCAUCGAUGUCUGCCAGUCAUCGGUUGCACAAUAAGAGUCCUCAACGAAACAUUGCGUAUGUGUCGUCCGAUUGCAAGUCUAAUAAGCAUUUAAUGCCUCCAAGUCUGCCAUUAAUUAGAAAUACUUCGAAAAUUUCUAUUGAAACUGAUAUUUGA